AUGGCAUGCAGAACUUGCCUCUGGCUGCUAGGGACAGCAUUUUUUACUUGCACAGUGCGCCUGGUUGUUGAGGGUACGGAGGUGGGAGCACCCCAGGGGUCGCACCCGGAGCCAGGGGUGGUGGGAUCAAAUCACAGCCAGGCUGGAGGGGGCCAUGGGUCCAGCAUCUCAGGGAUACAAAUCGUGACCUUUAAGUGGCACCAUGUGGAAGCCCCCUACCUCAUCGCCUUAUGGAUACUUGUGGCUGGGGUAUCCAAGAUGGUGGUUGAGCUGAACCACAGCCUGACCAGUGUGAUCCCGGAGAGCGCCCUCCUCAUCCUCAUCGGUUGGAUCCUGGGCGGCAUCAUCUACGGGGCAGGCAAGAUGCAGACCUUCACCCUGACACCCACCGUCUUCUUCUUCUACCUGCUGCCCCAAGUCAUCCUGGACGCGGGCUACUUCAUGCCCAACAAGCUGUUCUUCAGCAACAUGGGCGCCAUCCUGGUUUACGCUGUGAUUGGCACCUGCUGGAACGCUGCCACUGUGGGUCUCGGCCUCUGGGGGUGCUGGUUGGGCGGGGCCAUGGGUGAUAUCGACAUUGGUCUCCUUCAGUUCCUGUUGUUUGGGAGUCUAAUUGCUGCUGUGGACCCCGUGGCUGUAAUUGCCGUGUUUGAGGAGGUCCAUGUCAACGAGGUCCUGUUCAUCAUGGUGUUUGGGGAGUCCCUCCUCAACGAUGGUGUCACAGUGGUGUUGUUCAAUGUGUUUGAUGCAUUCGUGUCGCUGGGAGGGGCAGAAAUCGAUGCUGUAGAGAUCAUUAAAGGCAUAAUCUCGUUCUUCGUGGUGGCAUUCGGAGGCUCUCUGGUUGGUAUUAUCUUUGCUCUGCUGAUCUCGCUCCUGACCAGAUGCACAAAGAACAUCCAGAUCAUCGAGCCAGGCUUCAUCUUCAUCCUGGGCUACCUCUCCUACCUGACAGCUGAGAUGCUCUCGCUAUCCGCUAUCCUGUCGAUCGUGUUUUGUGGCAUCUGCUGUCAGAAGUAUAUCAAUGCCAACAUGGAUGAAUGUUCGGUCACCACAGUACGAUACGUCAUGAAGGUGUUCGCCAAUGGCUCAGAGACCAUCAUCUUUGUCUUCCUCGGCAUCUCGGCCAUAGAUCCAGCUAUAUGGGUGUGGAACACAGGCUUCAUCCUCCUCACACUGCUCUUCAUCUUUGUGUUCAGGUUCAUAGGGGUCUUUCUCCUUACCUGGAUUCUGAACAAGUACCGACUGGUUCCCUUAGAGUUCAUUGAUCAGGUGGUGAUGAGCUACGGUGGCCUACGAGGGGCAGUUGCCUAUGGCCUUGUGGCCAUGCUGGAUGAGAAUAAGUUCAAAGAGAAGAAUUUGAUGGUCAGCACCACCCUCAUAGUGGUGUACUUCACUGUCAUGCUGCAGGGAAUAACCAUGAAACCACUGGUCACCUGGCUGAAAGUGAAGAGAGCAGCCGUGACAGAACUCACACUAGCUGAAAAAAUACAGAAUAGGACCUUUGACCACAUGCUUGUCGCCAUAGAGGACAUUUCUGGACAAAUAGGACAUAACUACAUGAGAGACAAGUGGCAUAACUUUGAGGAGAGGUGGUUGUGCUGGCUCUUGAUGAAGCCCUCUGCCAGGAAAUCUCGUGACUACAUAUUCAACAUCUUCCACCAGCUCAACCUCAAGGAUGCCAUGAGCUAUGUAAAGGAGGGAGAACGCAGAGGCUCAUUGGCGUUCGUUCGGAAUGAAACCAAGGCCGAUGUGGAUUUCAAUAAGAAGUUUCGUGCCAGUUUCUCUGAGAUUAUGCCUGACAUCAUGGCAGAUAAUAUGGGACCGGAUCAUGUUCCACUCUCCUCUAUCUUACAGGACAUUGUGCCCUCUGUCUGCCUGGACAUGCAUGAGCAGGACCUGGAAAUGAGGGAGUCAGAGGACUUUAAUGCACACCAUCUACUGCAGCAGCACUUGUACAGAGGCAGGAAACAGCACAGACACAGGUACAGUCGGAGCCACCUCGAAACCAACAAGGAUGAGAAUGAGGUGCAAGAGAUCUUCCAGAGAACAAUGAGAAGCCGUCUAGAGUCAUUCAAGUCAGCCAAAAUGGGUGUCGCCCCUGCCAAGAAGAUCCAAACCAAGCAUCAAAAGAAAGAUAAACCACAAAAGAUGCCAAAUGGAAACUCCACGGAUAAAAGUAAAAACCAUCCUUAUGGGGAUAAAGAUUUGGAGUUUUCUGAAGGAGACUGUGGCUCUGGUGGCGAGGCUGCUGGCGAUUUAUUCCCCAUGAGGGCCUAUGGAGUAGAAGCUGGAAUAGUGAACCCAGCCUUCAUGGCAGAGAUGGACCCCAUGGACAACAUGCAACAGAUGCAGCAGAUCCCACAUGUAGCACUUCUUCCACAAACCUUGAACUCCUUUGACCCCUAACCCUGGGUCCAGGUC